UCAUUCAUAUGGCCGGCCCGGUCCAGCACACCAACAGAAUGACGAGUGAGCACCAUGGUGAAGCAGUGGAACACAGCGAGAGCACCGAGGGUGUAGUGGAGGUGAAGAGAGAUGGACUGCUUCGCGCCGUGCUGCGGGGCCUUUUCUGGCCAUUUGGCGUCGUGGUCCGUGCAUCUCGUUUUUUUUGGUGGGUUAUGGGUUACAGGCAGCCCAAGCAAAAGACAGUCCAGAUCUCCAGUCCUGGACGCCAGAGCCUUGCAGGCCACAAGCGCCUGCACCCGGUUACCCGCCUGCUGUUAAACAUCCUUCCCCGCUGGGUGCAGGGCGCCCUGGGAUACCCUCUCUCCACAGGCAUCGGCCGUUCCCUCUCACCAGAAGUAAGAGUCUCUCCCACUAAACCAUGUGGAAAGGGCAGUAAGAGGAAACAGGAUGAGUUGGAUGAUGAUGAUGAUGAUGAUGAUGAAGAGGAGCAUCAAACCUGGGUGGAGGCGCUCAAUCAGGAGCUCGCUGAUGAAGGUCCUGAGGAGGAUCCUGACUAUGAGCCCAGUUCUAUAGAGACGGAGAGUGAAGAGUACUGCUCUCACAACAAUACAGAAAGUGACAUCGAAAUUCAUGGGAAAGGCAUGGUCAUUAUUGAAGAUGUCAACACAGAUGCUCAGCUGCCCACACCUCAACCCCCCUGUCCUGAUGUUUAAAGUUGUCUUUUUCUAUAUUGAUGUCAUUUUUCUAAUUUGCAAUAAAAGUUAUUGAAUUUAAAACUCAUAUGCUCUGUGUAGUCGCAGUGAGAAAUGUUUU